UAACUCCUCAGUGUCUGGUCGGGACGGGAAGUGGGAGGGUGUUGGCACUCGUGUCUCUCAGCCCCCAUUUAUUGUGUCUAUUGAGAUAACUCUCACCUGCCCUCCUUUUGGAAUAUAUGCACAUGGGAGGGGAAGAUAUUACAAACUAACAGUGUACGGGAAUGCGAUAUCGAACUGGGAGGAGUGAUUGCAGCGCCUGGAUUAAAAAAAAAUAUUGCACCUGCAAUGUCUUCAACAUGAUCCCUUCGCUUCACUAUGACGUCUUCCUUCUAGAUAAUCUCAUCAGCAGAUAAUGAAAUUAUAGACAACUCAUAAAAUAACAGACAUGAUGUCUCGACACAAGAUAUGGGCGGUGGUGUGGGCGGCGGUGUGGGCGUGGGCGGCCGCCCAGUACAUAGGGGAGGAAAAACUCUCUAACAUACAACAGACGGCAGUGAUCGGCGGUGCAUCGCGAGACCUGGACCAGAUCGGUCCCAAGAUUUACACAGACAAGACCAACACCACACUCAACUGUGCCUCGGGGUACAUGCUGGUGGACGUGGAGUUUAAAGAACCCUUCUACGGAAUCAUCUAUCCUAAUGGCUCCCGCAACUCUGCGUGCCGCAUCCAGGGCCAGGGCAAGACCAAGUACCACCUCGAACUACCACUCAAAGGCUGCGGCACUAACAGGGUGGAGCGUCGUGUGUUCGUCAACAAUAUCAUCGUGAGGUUCCACCCGGGCCUGGAACUAGAAGGCGACGAGAUCAAGACUAUUAUAUGUAGAUACCCGAGUCCCAAGGUCAUCCCUCCUCCUGGUCCUCCCGUCCCUAUCAUAGCGCCUCCUGCUCCCAUAGGAGUGCCGGCGCCAGUGAGUGAAGUGGAGAUCUUGCUUAUCAUCUGCGCCAUCGUGUUCCUGGCGCUGCUGCUAGUGGGGAUGGCCUGCUCCUACACAUGCCUCAAGAAGCGCAACAUCAAACUGGUGCGUCGACGACCCAUGUCCCUGGCGCCGUCAGACAUUACCAAGAUGUCUGGGUCUUCGCUUAUGUUCGAUGGCGUCAAGAUCCCGCGAGCCCACGCUACCUCCACCUCCGACUCCGACACCGCGCUUGUCUCGCAGUCGGACACCAUUCCCUCCGACUACCCGUCUGAUCCACCUUCCAGUGGGUCGGAAGUGGAGGAGCUGGAUAUGCGGUCAGUGGAACGCAGGUCUUCGAUGAUCUCAGCUCACAUGCAAAUGCAAGAGGAGAGGCUUCAUUCCUUCCAGAACCAUGCGUUUAUCAUGGACGAAGACAAACUGUCUUCCGUGUACUCAGACGCCAUGAUGCAGAGUGACGCAGAACUGGUGACAGCAGCACAGGUGAGCCGUCCCCCGCAGCCCACCUUCAUGGUAAGGGUCAAGCGUGCCCCGACGCCUCCCAAGACGCCUGAGCCAGACUACCCACUUCAGCUGGCUCAGUCACAGUCCCUCACCACUAUCCUGGAGAAUGACGAGAGCUUCCGAGCAGAGAGUCUGCCGGGGUCCGAGCACGCCCUGCUCGUGUCUGAACCCGGGGACCUAAUCCCACCACCUGUGAUCGUGCCGCCGCCAUCGUACGCCCAAAUCCACCGUAACACGCUGGAACGCUUUGUAGGCGUGCCGCCUCCACCCUCCGAAUUUAGCUCGGUGGCACGAUCAGUGUCAGAACACGACCUCCAACUGGACGUACGCGAGAACAUCCGACGAGAUCUCCGACACAUCGAAAACAUCGAGAAUAUAACGACAGAAACUACAGACAUCCAAGAGACGGUGGAACGCCACGGGCGCCGCUACAUGAUCCGUCCUCCUCCUCCCUCAGAGCCAGACUCAGAGUACCCAUCAGAGGCGCGCAGCGUCACCGACGUGGUGGAGGAGCUGUCAGUGGUGCCCAGGAAACCAGAGAUCACCAGCCAUGUCGUGGACGACCGUCACGUCUCCACCAUCACGGAGACACGCACCACGGAGGACAUAGAACGACAUAGACGCUUCAUCAAACAAUACCACGUGAAGCCCAAGGCGCUGCCUCCACCCAAGUGGAACGUUGCCAUCCGUCACUAUCCUGGACCCAAAUAUGCCGACGAGGUCGAGUCAUCCGGACCUGAAUGGGAAGGUUACAGUGAGCCUGGCUCAGACGUCUUCCGCCAGCACAUGUUCCAUGCUGAUGAAGAUGAUCUGACUCAGCUGGAGGUGGAGGCACUGGAACAUCCGCAUCCACCUAACUGGAAUGUUCUCCUGCGUGUGCUGGAGCCUCCACCCACGGAGAAGGCCAUCCAGUACGUUCUGACGAAGGAGGACAGAGAGAAGUGGCGUCAAAUCAUCUCCACCGAGUCUACCUUGCGUACAAUGCUCACUUAUGCUACUGUGAAGGAAGAUUACGAGCGUAUUCGUCACGACCAAGAAACGUUUUCCAUUGACAUCAGGUACGAAAAGCUGUUUGAGCCUCGCAAGGGGGACGUGAUCAUCAGGAUCCUCUCCCCACCGUACACCCAUGACCGUGUAGACUCCUCCUCAGAGGCUCCGUCUGAAGCCGACACUGAGAGUCUGCCCUAGGACGGCCGAAGGUACCGUAAACACGAGAGCGUCCCGUCCGGGCGACGACCGUCACUGCCUCCACUGUACGAGUAUGACUCUGAGGGCAACCCUGUCAUCCUCCGUCGCCCUGGACCACCCUCUGCUCGCUCCCGACGGUCCUCGAAGUCGAGCAUACACUCUGGGAUAGACGUGCGAUCCAUGACAGAGACGGAGGUGAACUUCACCCGGGCCGACACCUGGAGUGAGGCUAGUGGACCCAGCAUGGCCAGUGGGGCUCGCUCCAUAGCCGACCGCUCACAGCCCGAAAUCACCUAUAAUGUGCCGGUGCUGCCCGACGAUGAGUACCCGGACACUGACUUCGAUGAUCGCAUGUCGGCGAGGACCGGAAGGUCUCUGGCACGAUCUGCCUCAGAGUUCACAGAAGACUGGAGGCAUCACGAGCCACUGGACAGGUACUCCCACGUAUCUGGUUCAUCCAUUGACAGCAAACGUCGUCAGUUAGAGCGCUCCACCACAGAGUACUUCGAAGAGCCACCACACUUGAGCGACGUUAUGACCUCCCCUGACCACUCUCCAGACGCCUCCCCGCGCCCCAUAGCUAGGUUCCAACGCCAGUACCAUUCCUACGACUUCGACAACGAUCAGUUCGACCCGCACUACCUUGAGGACGAAGACGUGGUGGAUGGAGAGUUCGUGGUACGGACCACGCGCCGCACCCAUCAGCAGGAGCAUCGCUCUGAUCGCUCAACACAUUCCGGCCGCGAGGAGAUGUACUCCGUGGCAGAGACAGAAGUCUCUGGCUGGGCCCUCGUAAACACUAAGUGUCCGAGUCCGCGGCUUCAUAACUCAGUGCCUCAGUGGAUGGCACUCAAACGCCAAGUCCAAGUUUUACUUCACUGCCGGGAACACGCACAAUAUAGACAUUGGUACAGAAUCCCAUGGAUACACUGAACACGGGCUUACUAA